AGCAAGCGAAAACAGUAGACAUGGUUGGUUGUCCUUUUUGACUCGCGGGGCAUUCUGCAUUACAGAUCUAGGAUCAGCUUCAGUCAAAACGUUUAGCCAAAUAUUUAUUUUAAAAGGUAACUACUGACUCAGAGUCAGUGUAUCCCCCGACAUAUUUUCCUAGUUUGUGCUACCUACCGGUUUUGCAUAUCCGUCCAGUGUGGAAGUCACAGCUAUGGGCAGUGUGUUGGCUGCCACUACCCCAAAUCCUCCCCCAUCUGCGGGGGGUAGUGGUCCAGGGGGGCCUGGAUUGGUGUCGGUGCCCCCGGGGUUCACCAUGCCCCCAAUGUCCCCCCUCUCACCCUCUUCGACCACUGGAGCUAGCGCCACCGGCGAUGCAGAAAGUCCCCUCCCCAACCCUGGCAGCUUUGAAGAAUGCCACCGCAAAUGCAAAGAGGUCUUUCCCCUGCAAAUGGAAGGAGUGAAGCUGGUGGUCAACAAGGGCCUGAGCAACCAUUUCCAGAUCAGUCACACCGUUGCCCUCAGCACCGCGGGGGAUUCCAGCUAUCGCUUUGGCGCCACCUACGUGGGAUCCAAGCAGAUGGGACCUGCAGAGUCCUUCCCCAUCUUGGUCGGAGACAUGGACAACAGUGGCAGCCUCAACGCCCAGAUCAUCCAUCAGCUCACCAGCAAAAUCCGCUCCAAACUGGUUUUACAGACGCAGCAGCAGAAGUUUGUGAACUGGCAGUGUGACGCGGAGUUCCGGGGAGACGACUGCACAGCUACCGUCACCCUCGGCAACCCAGACAUCCUCGUUGGCUCUGGCAUCGUUGUGGCGCACUACCUCCAGUCCAUCACCCCGUCGCUGGCCCUCGGAGGGGAGCUGGUCUAUCACCGCAGGCCUGGCGAGGAGGGCACGGUCAUGUCCCUGGUGGGCAGGUACACGGGCAUUAAUUACGUUGCCACAUUGACUGUGGGUGGCGCCGGUGCUCAUGCCUCCUACUACCACAAAGCCAAUGAUCAGCUGCAGGUGGGGGUGGAGUUUGAGGCCAGUACCCGGAUGCAGGACACCAGUGUGUCCUUUGGCUACCAGCUGGACCUGCCCAAAGCCAACCUGCUCUUCAAAGGUUCGUUAGACAGCAACUGGGUGGUGGGAGCGACUCUGGAGAAGAAGCUGAUCCCUCUUCCCCUGUCCCUGACCCUGGGUGCCUUCCUCAACCACCGCAAGAACAAGUUCCAGUGCGGCUUCGGCGUCACCAUCGGGUAGAGGCCUCGCGGGCCCACCGUACCCGCACGUCUGCACUGAGAGAAAGCGGGACACCAAAGACUCGGACCGGGAGGGGCGAGGGGGCGGUGGCCGGACCCUGAGACAGACCCUGCCAGGGUUCCUGACCCGCAGACGCACGGAGGUCGCAGAGGAAGAGGAGGACCGCACCGCACCGCACCGCACCGAAGGACUCCUCAACGACGGUUUCACAGACCCAACUUCACAGAGAAAAAAAUAAAGGCCCUCGCGGGCCGGGUGAAAAACACGGACGGAGCCAAUAGACUGUAAAACGAUGGCUGUUGGUCUUAUUCCUGCCUGUUUGUUCUGUUUCCAUCUCAGUGUGUGGGGUGCACAGAGGCUUUUCCUGGUCAGAUGGUGAGGUCUUUGAUAUUACGGUUGGAAACAGUAGACCAGCGUAUGCAUGAAAUGGUGGAAUAAUCUUUUUAGUGUCCAGAUUGCUUUCUUAUAUGAGGCUGUAUGCAUUUCUGAGAGAGAGAGAUACAAUAUAUAUGUGGUAAAUUGCCCAGUUAGAAAAAUUGAACGAUUAAUUGUACAAGUGAAUUCUUUCAUAAAUAGCUGUAGUCGCAGUACUUUAUUUUGGGCUGUUUUGUCUCAGUAAAACUUAUCAAAUGAAAACUGUUCUGUGGGUGUUAAAGGGAUCACCCACAAAAACAAUUUUUGGUUUUGCAAGCAAGGUUGUUGCACCAAAUAUGUGUUCAUAUGUUUUAGGCAUAUCCAAAAAACACAGACUGUAUACAAAAGUUAAUAUAUUUAGACCUUUUAACCAUUAUGUGACCCAUUAGUUUAGCAUUUUCAUUUUUGAAUUUGACUGCCAGAGCCAAGGACUCUGUGUUCCUGGCAGAAAAAAUCAGCAUUACAAAUGUUUAUUUCUGAUGUCACUGACAACACAGUGCAAUUAUCUUUUCCCAGAUGUAGUUGCUUCACCAUUAGACGGUCACACAAUCCUCAUUGGCGUGAAAUGAAAGUGCCCACAUGCCUUUGUGUUGUGUCGAAUCGUAAGGAUUUAUUUAACAUGCACAUUUGUAGAAUCUCCAAUAUUAGAAUUACAGUCCUUCAGUCACUGCUGUUGUGCCUUGUAUCAGUAAUCACCGCACUCUCGCGUGCUUCGUUUGGUGCAUAUAAACCAGUGAAACAACUUCAGUGGUCAAACAAAAUUGAUAUGGUAUGCACUCAAAAAUGAAUUUUCCAUGAUAAUUCUGAACUGCAUAUUUUAUACAUUUUUUUAUUGUUUACAAAUGCAGAACAGACGAUCUUACACAAGCUUGAGCACAGUGAAUAAGGCAUAGCCAAAAGUCUGUGUAAGAUGUCUGUUCUCCAUGUAUUUUUUUUUUGUUUUUUUAACUGUUAUAUACAGUUUAAAAUUUAAAAUUUAAAUUUAUUUUUGAGUGCAAACCAUUUCAGUUUUUUUUUUUUUUUCCCCAUUACUGCUGUUUUACCCAAAUGACUGGAACCGUGCCACUGAAGCCUGCGUUCUCUCUUGGGGGGCCUACACCAGGCAUAUGCAAAUCUGUCCCACCAGGCCCGCAGUACUGCUGGUUUUAAUUUCUGCAUGAUAGAUAAUUGAUCGAUUGCGGCUCCUGAUUGGCCAGAGAUUUCACUCAUCUGGCGUCCCAGGUUUAAUCAGUCCUGGUUCAAUGGGCCGAAUGAAGACCAGGAGUACUGCUGGCCUCGAGGGCCAGAUUUGAAUACCCCUGGCCUGCAUGACAGUUGAGGAUUCAUGUGAAUCAUGGGAGUAGCAGUGAGGAACGUUUCAUCCUGUGUAGACUUGUUUUGUUGUUUUUAACAUUUUGUUUUUAAAAACGAUAUUUAUAACUGGUCUGCUCAACCCUCACCUUAGAGAUUUUAGACCCCUAAAAGAAAAUGAAAAUCAAAACAAGGUUGUGAAGAUUCUUUUGUUUUACUAGUUUUAAGUAGUUUACUACUUUUAUCCACUCCAUGGUAUGGAUUUGUUUCCUGUUCAAAAACUGAAAUACUUUGUCAUGGAGAGUUGUGGCUUACAGAGAAAGGUUACUUGUUUUAAUUAAAUGUAUUAAAAUGUAUAGGAUGUUAUAAAAAUGUACAGAUUGCAAAUCAUGAUCAUGUAAUCAAUACAGGCCCAAAU